AUGACCAUAUACAGUCUGUACAUCUAUGACAGGCACUGUAAUUGCGUGUAUUAUCACGACUGGCACCGCACAAGGCGUCCGAAAGCUGCAGUCGUCGGCGGUCUUCUCCCCGGUGUCUCAAGGGCUGUUUCCCCUUUACCUCCCGCUUCCGAAAUCCAUUCGAACAACACCACGCCCUUUACUAGCCCCCGAAACACGCUUGCAUCGAACUCAGGCAUCGUCGUCGCUCUCAGCGAUAUCCCACCAUCACCCUCGCCCCUUUCACAGGCCCAUCAAGCACCCCAGGCCGGUGGCCCACAGCCCACAUCCACUGGCCUCCCAUUCGACGAGGAAGCAAAACUCGUGUACGGAGUCAUCCUGUCACUCAGAAACAUGGUCAAGCGACUGUCCGGAAGAGACGAACAGUUUGUCAACUAUCGUACAUCAGCAUAUAAGAUGCACUUGUACGAAACGCUCUCGGGAUAUAAGUUUGUCAUGCUCAGCGAUUCCAACGCCGAGUCCCUCCGUUACGUUCUGCAAUCCAUCCAUACAGGACCCUUUUUGGAGUACGUCGUUCGAAAUCCGCUCAUCAAAUUGGAUUCCAGAGAUCGAGGCAUCGACAACGAGUACUUUCGAGCUAGCGUAGACCGCUUGGUCAGAGGACUAUCAGUGUUUCAAUGA